AUGACGAAUUUUAUUAUUCUUCUUUUAUUUAUCUCUUCGUUUCAAUUCUCAAUAUCAAAUCGAAAACAAAAUCAUUAUGAUCAAAAACAAUUCGAAGAAAUUAUUGAGAUUUUAAAAAUAAAAUUUACAGACGAGCUGGAAGAACUAAUAUCAACUAAUUAUAAUAUAGAACAUCACAAUGAUAAUCCUAAGCAAUCAGAAAAUUAUGAAUCUGAAGUUGAUUCUAAUGAUCAUGUUGAUAUUAAAUUAUGGAAUAAACUAAAUGAAAAAGAUAUGAAAAAAAUGCCAGUCAUUGAUGAUUAUUCAGAUGAAGCUAUGGCUAUGCAAUGGUUAACAUGGUAUAUUCCCAUUGAACAACGACAUAGUCAAAUAACGACUCUUCUCAAUUGGAAUUAUGAAACAAAUAUAACUGAAGAAAAUCAAGCAGCAAUGACUGCACAAAAUCUUAUUCGAUCACCAUUUACUCGUCUAACAUUACCGAUAGCAAAAAAAUUUAAUGAACAUAUGAAAUAUUCAAAAGAUGAUGA